GCUCUCAGCGGCCCCCAUUCUUCUUUCUUCUCUCUCUAAAAAUCCAUCCAAUGGAAGGACAAAUCUCGCGGUCACUCUCCAUUCGAACUUCCACAGGCUAUAUGCUCCUCAUCUGCAACGCAAGCAGAUGCCUUUCAUCUAUUCUCUAUUCUUCUCGGGACCACCCUUUCCUUUCAAACUGUCAGCUUCCAUUCCAGGUUUUCGAUCAUCCGAGGCCAAAACCCCCGGAGAUAAGCCUGCCUCACAUUUUGUUUGAUCGAUGUGGUUAGGAAAUUUGUAUUUUUUUUGGCUUCUGAGUUGGUAAUUGAGAGAUGGGAUUUGGCAUCUUGGUUAGAAGUUCAUCUUUGGUGUUUAAGGUUUGAUUGGAAUUGAUAUAUUUUGGAUUGUUGAUUUAUUGCGAGUUUUGGAUUGGGGAUUGUGGAGUUAGGAUUGAGAGUGGAAUUUGUGGGUUUUGAUGGCGUCGAUUUCGCUGGAGGAAGAUGGUGGGAGAGGAAGCAUGUGGGAUUUGGAUCAGAAGCUUGAUCAGCCCAUGGAUGAAGAAGCUGGAAGGCUUAGGAAUAUGUACAGAGAGAAGCAGAAAUUCUCGUCAUUGUUGCUUCUAAGACUAUCAUUCCAGAGCCUUGGAGUAGUAUUUGGAGAUUUGGGCACAUCGCCAUUAUAUGUUUUUUAUAACACAUUUCCUCAUGGAAUAAGCGAUCCCGAAGAUGUUAUUGGAGCCCUUUCUCUGAUUAUAUACUCUCUAACUCUAGUCCCGCUUCUCAAAUAUGUCUUUGUGGUGUUGAGAGCAAACGACAAUGGCCAAGGGGGUACUUUUGCUCUAUACUCAUUACUUUGUAGGCAUGCCAAGAUAAACACCAUCCCCAACCAGCGUAAAACUGAUGAAGAAAUAACAACUUAUAGUCGCCAAACAUAUGAGGAAAAUUCACUUGCAUCAAAAGUUAAGUCAUGGUUAGAGGCUCAUACAUACAAGAGAAAUGUUAUUCUUAUUCUUGUUCUUAUUGGAACUUGUAUGGCUAUUGGUGAUGGUAUACUUACUCCUGCCAUUUCAGUGCUCUCAGCAUCUGGUGGAAUCAAGGUUAACCACCCUGAGAUUAACAAAGAUGUGGUUAUAGUGGUGGCGGUGAUCAUAUUAGUUGGAUUGUUCAGCGUGCAACAUUAUGGUACAGACAAAGUUGGCUGGUUAUUUGCUCCCAUUGUCCUACUUUGGUUUCUUUUAAUAGGAGUCAUAGGAGCAGUCAACAUCUGGAAAUAUGACAGUUCGAUUCUCAAAGCUUUCAAUCCAGUUUAUAUAGUUAGAUACUUCAAAGGUGGUCAUAGGAAUUGGACUUCCCUUGGAGGAAUCAUGCUAAGCAUUACAGGAACUGAAACCUUAUUUGCUGACCUAUGUCAUUUCCCUGUUCUUUCGGUUCAGAUUGCUUUCACUCUUGUUGUGUUUCCAUGCCUUCUUUUGGCAUAUUCUGGGCAAGCAGCUUACAUUAUGCAGCACCAAGAUCAUGUUUGUAAUGCAUUUUAUCGAUCAAUUCCAGAUAGCAUAUACUGGCCAAUGUUUAUUGUUGCAACUGCAGCAGCUAUUAUUGCUAGUCAAGCCACAAUAUCUGCUACGUUUUCUAUAAUCAAGCAGGCACUUGCUCUUGGUUGUUUCCCAAGGGUCAAGGUUGUUCACACAUCAAAGAAGUUUCUUGGACAGAUAUACAUUCCUGACAUUAAUUGGAUUCUUUUGGUUCUCUGCAUAGCUGUUACCGCUGGAUUCGAAAAUCAAAGCCAGAUUGGCAAUGCAUACGGAACCGCUGUUGUACUUGUCAUGCUAGUUACAACCUUGUUGAUGAUCCCUGUCAUGCUCUUGGUAUGGCGAAGCCAUUGGAUCCUCAUUUUCCUCUUCACUGCUCUCUCCCUUCUAGUCGAGCUGACAUACUUCUCUGCAGUCCUAUUCAAGGUCAAUCAGGGUGGAUGGGUCCCUCUUGUCGUAGCCGCCGCCUUUCUCCUCAUCAUGUUUGUUUGGCAUUAUGGCACAGUGAAGCGCUACGAGUUCGAGAUGCAUUCAAAAGUUUCGUUGGCUUGGAUCGUCGGUCUAGGCCCGAGUCUUGGCCUUGUUCGUGUCCCUGGCAUUGGUUUUGUAUACACUGAGCUAGCAAGUGGAGUUCCCCAUAUCUUCUCACACCUAAUAACCAAUCUUCCCGCAAUCCAUUCAGUCGUCAUCUUUGUUUGUGUGAAGUACCUCCCAGUCUAUACUGUUCCAAUGGAAGAGCGUUUCAUUGUUAAGCGAAUCGGUCCGAAAAAUUUUCAUAUGUUUCGGUGCGUCGCAAGGUACGGAUACAAUGACCUUCACAGAAGGGAUGAUGACUUUGAAAAAAUGCUAUUUGAUACCAUCUCUACUUACGUUCACCUCGAGACGAUGAUGGAAGGCUACACUGAUUCAGAAGACUUUACUUUUGAUCCACAAAGGAAUGUCAAGUCUGUUGAUCUUGUUGCCGACAAUGAUGUUGCAGACUCCAUUGUGGAGAUGGCAAGCAAUCCAUCACUAGACUGUAUAACAUCUGCUCCAUCGCCGCACCCGGGUGCGAUUUCGAUUAGAUCCAGUGAUGAAACUGAUUUCUUGAACAGGUGCAAGGAUGCUGGGGUGGUGCACAUAUUGGGCAACACAAUGGUGAUGGCUCGAAGGGACUCGGAUCUUGUUAAGAAGAUUGUUGUGGACUAUAUUUAUGCAUUUCUUUGGAGGAUUUGUAGGGAGAACAGUGUGAUGUUGAAUCUUCCCCAUGAGAGUUUGUUAAACGUUGGGCAGAUAUUCUAUGUAUAAUUCAUGCAGUAUAAGGUUUCAAUGAAAUUUUGAGUUUCUGUAUUUUCACUUUUAUGCGUAUGCUUAUUUA